AUGCAGACGAGGCCGACCCUCGUGGAUUCCUUCGUCAAGUACGACACGAGAUUGGCUAAGCUGAAGGAGGAGUUGCUGAGGGCCAAAAGGGAGCACGACGGGCGAGAGCAAGGUUUGGAAGAAUCGGAGGAAGUGAAGAUGCAAGAGGCUGCGUGCCCAAAGUGUAGAGGCGAUGGUGCCGAGACUAGAGAUAUUCCCCAUAUCACGGAUCUCUGCCCUGCGGACAAAAAGAGGAUCGCCGAACUCGUAGGGAAGCUCGCGAAAUGCACGCAAGAGAGAAAUAAAGCGGAGUCGGAGCUAGCGAUUUGCAGAGAGAAAAACAAAGCUCUGGAGAAUAGAUAUAGGAUUUUCUUGAACCGCCAUGAGGACGAAACGAGAAUUACGUUGUUUCAGUUGUCGGAUGCAACUACAAAGACGAACAAGUUGCAGCUACAGACAUCUCAUUCCCUGGAUUUGUUGAGUCGACAGAUUCAGAUCCAAGAAACGCAAUUUAAGGAGCUAUCCGAUUCCGUUUGGGUUUUGUUGCGAGAAAAGAUGCAGCUACAAAAUUUGGCAAUCGAGAAAGAGGCUCGAGCAAAAGUGGCAGAGGCUAAGAUUGAAAGAAUGAAGGAAAAGCUUGAGAUGGAGAAGCUAGUUUUCCUGAAGGAACAAGCGAAGAAUCUCAUUGUUGCGACCUACGACAAGUCUUGUCAGACUCGAGAAGAUCUUGCCAAUGCAAGUCGGAUGCAGAUCAAGCAGAUCAAGAGCGAGGACGAUUUGGAUGCACCAUCCUCUGAAGCGGCUUUGGUACGCGAAUUGUUCUUUAAGCAUCCCGACGUCGACGACGUUUUAAACAUGACCUCUGUAUUUCCGCUGAUUCACACCCUUGAUUAA